AUGAAAUGUUUCCCCGGUCCUGAGACGGGGCUAUCGAGAAUCGCCUUGCGGAUCUUGUCGGUUCUAGCUGCUGUGGGUGGCAUUGUUGCUGUCAGUGGCGUGAGGUAUUAUGCUGAGCAGUUUUACUACUAUUUCAUUCAUUGCUGUCCUCCUGGAUAUUGCAUCUUUGUCGACUUUAUCAUUUUCGCUGCGUCGGCCUUUCUCAUCGUUGUUUCGAGCUUUGGGGCCGCUUUUGGGGGAUUCGGCCUUGUUGGACGUGCAAUUGCGGUUUUUGUUUUUGCGGUACUUGCAUUGUAA